AAUUGCCAAAAAAAGGGAAGAGCAGUGCUUUUUCGAGCCAAGAAAUGUUGGUCCUUUUGGAGAGGAUCCAAGUGAGCCACCACCGGUAGAAGAAAUAGAGAAGGUGCGGGAGUUUCUGAAGACAGGAUUAUUAAAACGGAAGAAUAAGAAAAAUGAUGAUAAUAAAUACAGAAAGGAUCAUGAAACCAUGAAUGGUCUGCCGAUGUUAUUGGACAAUGUAAAAAUAGAGUAUAAGACAUGGCUCUACAAGCUGUUUGUGAACCCAGAAUGGCUUGAUGCAACGCAUAUUGAAGUAGGAAUGUUCUACCUUGGGAUGAAACAGUUUCAGUAUAAGCUCCAAUUCCCGUAUUCUACAUGCAGCCCGUAUUUCUUACAAGCCCUUCAGCGUGAGCAUGAAAAAAUCCAGACUUCACAGUCAAGUCUUCAAAAGGCGGCUGAAAUGUCUGUAAUAGAGAGCCAUAUUGUAGGCAGUACAAGCACAUAUGCACUGAGCUGGGCAGAAUCGGACUUCGUGUAUAUGCCCCUAAACACCGGACAUCAUUGGGUGUUGCUUGUGUUGGAGGUCAGACAGAGAAAGAUCAAGGUGUAUAAUUCUAUGAGCAGAAGAGGGGAAGCUAUAAGGGAAGUCAGGCAACAUCUUCCAAGUCUACAGUGCUUGCUCCCGAAGAUCAUGGAUGUGCACAAAGUCUAUGAAGACAUCGGAGAAGAACCAAUGAGAGAGAGAAAAAUAGAGGUGGAAGGUGUACAAGAAUGUCCACAACAAAAUGAUGG